AUGAUCAAUCGAAUCAAGAUCUCGAGGGACGGGGAGUGCAUGGUGACAGCGGGGAACGAUUUCACCUUGAACUUAAUCGACCCCCAGUCAAGGCAGACGAGGGCCAUCUUGGCUGGGCACAGGGGCUCAGUGACAGACUGUGACGUCAGCAACGACGGGCAGUUCAUCGUGUCUGCCUCCUUGGACAGGACGCUGAGGCUGUGGAACAUUGACACGUAUGAGUGCAUUCAGGUCUUCUUCGGGCACCACGACGGCAUCUUGGCGUGCAGCUUUGGGGGUUACGGGCAUGACACCUUCGCAAGCUCGUCCAUGGACGGGUCAGUCCGGACUUGGGAGUCCAACACAGGGGUAGUGCUCAACUUCUUCAGAGGGCACAAGGGGAACGUGAACGGAUGUGCGAUGGGGAUGACAGGACCGCAAGUGAUCAGCACGUCAGACGACGGGACGGUCAGGCUGUGGGACACGUCGGACGGCUCGCAGAUCGAUCAGUUCAGCGACGACAGCGUCGGGACCUCAUCGCAAGGCCACAACGGCAGGUGUACCAGGUGCCUGUUGUCGUAUGACUGCCUGAGAGCUGUGUCGGCCGGUGUGGAUGGGGCCAUGAAGAUCUGGAAGGUCAAAGUUGGGCACGACAAGAGGAUCAACUGCGUCAAGUUCUCAGCUGAUGAGACCAGGGUCAUCACUUGCUCCAUGGACAAGACGAUCCGAGCGUUUGAAGUACUCUCCACCACCGAGCUCGCCAAGAUCGUCGGCCAUGUCGGCCCGGUCACCCAAGUCGCCAUCAGCCCGGGGGAAAGCAGCUGGAAGGUUCACGGGCUAGAGAGGAGGGGGAGGUCGGACACAAUGGACACGUGCGUGAUCGCUUCAGCGUCAGACGACAACUCCAGCUUCAUGCUGAACAUGAACUCUUGCCUCACUCUCCACCACCUCAAGGGGCACAUCAAAGCUGUGGUCCAGGUUCAGUUCUCUCAGGACGGAAGCUUGCUGGCCACAGCCUCUGCGGAUGCUAGCAUCGGGAUCUGGGAGGCUGCCAGUGGAGAGCUGAGGCACAUGCUGGGAACUGGCCCGACGACUGGGUCGGGGCAUACAGGAGACGUCAACAGCAUCAUGUUUGUCCCGGACAGUCCCCUCCUUGUUUCUGUGUCUAACGACACCAGCUGUCGAAUCUGGGACGUGGAGCACGGGAGUUUGCUCUCCCUGCUGUCCGGGCACAAGCUGCCCGUCCUCUCCGUCGACUACAACCCCAAGACCAACAGGCUCGUCACCGGGAGCAAGGACAAGACCCUCCGUGUCUGGAACGUGAGGAGGGCCAUCGGAGGGAAAGUCCUGCGAGGACACACAGCUGGGGUGCUGGCCGUGACCUUCAGCUGUGACGGCCGUUCCUUGCUGACAAGUGGCCGUGACAAGAUGCCGUGGUCGACAGACAUGGGGACGGAGGUCAUGGUGUGCGAGGGCCACAAAGCCGCCAUCAUCAACUGCAAGAUGGAUCGAUCGGGGGAGGUGAUUCUGAGCGCCUCAGAGGAUUGCACGAUGAUCCUCUGGGAUGCGACCCACGGCACGCCGCUGCAGUACUUCAUCGGACAUGGAGCAUCGAUAUCCGAGGUGACUCUGUAUGUUGUUUCCGGAUCGCUAGACGGGACGGUGAGGGUCUGGGACGUCUUGCGGGGGUUCGACAAGUGCUAUCUGAAGUUGGAGAACGCGAUUACGAGCCUCGACAUCACCAAGUCUAACGAGAUGCUGGCGGUAGGAGAUGAUGCAGGGAACUUGCAGAUCCUGAGGCUGCGUAAUUUGAAAUGA